AUGGCAUCACCACAACCUUCGCCAACCACAGCCAUCCCACCAGCGUCACCAGCAACCUUGUCUUCAAAAACAGACCGACUAACUUCGCGUGAGGCCUCUGCUGCACGCCGCAACGCGUUGCGAGCAUUUUACAAGCUCUCUGCGGAACCAGCAUCGUCGACUGCAUCAUCAUCAUCAUCAUCAUCAUCAACGGCUCAGACAAUUACAGGAACAACAUUAACCACAGAUUCAUCAGCACUUGCGUCUCCUGCAUCCCCUACAACACCUUUGGAAUCUGUUCCGGAAGGCACUACAUUGUCUGAUCAAAGUGGAGCAAGUGGAGCAAAUGAUCCCUCAGAAAUUGUAGCUGGGCUCUAUACGGCUUAUGAGAAAUAUGUAGCAGGACAACCGGAGUCUUCACCAGAGACAAAGAAAACGGAGGUCAACGGGGUGUAUGUACAACCGAUUGACACGUUUGUUCGGGACCUGAUAGCACGGCACGAUCUCAAGACACUGCUACAGAUUGAAAACGAGCUAGUGGCAGAAAUCCGGACACUGGACAGCGAACAAAAGGCAUUGGUGUAUAAUAACUAUGCGAAACUGACAGCAGCUGGGACUGCUCUUCAUGGGGUAAGCCGGGAACCUAUGGCUGAGACGACGGAAGAAGACGGCGGCGGCGAGAUUGAGUUAGGGAAGGAGGAGGAUGAGGAUGAAGAUAAAGAGCUGAGUAAAUUGGCGGGCAAAAAUGUGAGAGAGAAGAUUGAGCAGGUGGUUAAGGGACUUGGUGACAUUCGUGCGGAAGCGUUAAAGGUGGCUGGUGAAGAAAUUGUUCCGCCUCUCAACCCUGAGGAAGAGUCACCGCUGGUGCAAACUGCCAAAUGGUUAGUGCGCGUACCUAAUGAUUUGCCAAUAGCUGUGGCGUCAGUUUUGGCACGGCCAGCUAAUGAUCCAGAGAGGGCCAAACUGUUGGCACGGGCUGCUGCAGUCAAGGCUCGAGCAUUAACAGCUCUUGAUCAUUUAAUUUCUAAUUCAGGGCCUGGGUUACAGUUUGCAUUUGAUAAGGAUGAGUUGGGUGGAUUACGAAAGAAGAUUGAGAGUAUUUCUAUUAGUUGA